AUGGAAGCAGCACAUGAAGGUAUUUGUGGAGCCCAUCAGAGUAGGGAAAUAAUGAAUUUAGAAGUAUCUGAAAAUGAUUGGAGGUUCCCUUUAAUCAAAUACUUGUCUAAUCCUAAUGAAGCUGAAGCAACAAACAAAAUUGUGAAGAAUACAUUGGAAAGAAUUAUUGAGGAUAAUCCUGGGGAUUGGCAUAAUCUAUUAUCUGAGGUAUUGUGGAUCUACAGAAAUUCUAGGAAAAAUAAUAUAGGAACAACUCCAUAUGAGUUUGUGUAUAGACAUGAUGUUGUACUCCCCUCAAAAGUUACUGUGAGGUCCAAUCAACUAACUCAACAGUUGAACAUCCCAAUGGAUGAAUAUAGUGAAGCCAUGUCAAUUGAGUUACAAGAUUUAGAAGAAAAUAGGAUCUCUGCUUUCAAUCAUUUGAUAGCACAAAACAAAAAGGUAGAGAGAAGUUAUAACAAGAAAGUGAAGCACAAAGUGUUCUCUAAAGGAGAAUUAGUUUGGAAAACUAUUUUGCCUCUUGGAACAAAAAGCCCAGAGUAUGGAAAAUGGUUUCCUAAUUGGGAGGGACCCUUUAAAGUUUUCAAGGUCCUUAAAUGA